GAGCAGCGGCCGCCCAGCCCGGGACGGUCGCACGGCGGCGGGGCCGCGCGCGGGACAGGCCGGCACAGCAGGGCCCUGGGGGGGCCAUGGCGCCCCCCGGCCCCGCCGCCCGCGCGCUGCGCCUGGGAGCCCGCGGAGCGGCCGCCGGCCGGGAGGAUCAAGGCAGAAGGUGCGGAGGCCGGGGAAGGGCCGGGGAGGCCUAGAGGGAGCUGUGUCCUCCGCAGACGCCCACCGAGAAGCCUGGUGCCCCAGCCAAGCGGGGCACCGUGCAGACCAGGAUGUCCAGCGCCGAGAUGGUCAUCAGCCACCGGACCUCGGGGCUGGGGGCCCCGAAGAGGAGGCCGCCGGGCGGCGCCCCGAUCCCCGGGCACACGGCGCCGCUCAGCAUCAAGGACAAGAUCUCGGAGUGGGAAGGGAAAAGGGAGGCGCCGGCGCCGGGCCCCGGCAGGAGGGCCGAGGGGCCCGAGGACCACCCGGCCGCCUCCGGGAUGGACACGACAGCGACGACGACGACGACGAUAACGACGACGAGAAGCGGCGACGGGCCGCGAUCCCGGGGAGCUGAGGCCCAGAACGGGGCGCGACCCGACGCCGAAAGGGCGCGGGGCGGCGAGCGGGCGGGCGGCCAGGACGCGGCCCCCAGGCCCGGGCGCGAGCGGGGCCGCGGCCGCCCCCCGGACGACGGCGCGUCGGUGCUGACGCAGGUGCGCAGGCUGGAGCGGGCGCUGCGGGACGGCUCGGCCGGGCUGGACCCGCAGCCGCCGGGCACCUGCUACUCGGCGCACUGCCCGCCCGAGCCCCGGCCACCCGCCCCGGACCCGGACGCAGCGGCCGCCGAGGACCGCAGGGGCGCGUGCUGGAGGCCCUGGGAGCACGGCCCGGACGGCGCGCCCCCCAAACCCGUGGUCAGCCCCCCGCCCAAGCCCCGGAGGACGUUCAAGCACGAUGGGGAAGGGGAAGGGGACACGGGCCGGGCGGGGCCCAGCCUGAGAUUCGGGAAGGACAGACGGAACCGGCCCCCCCUGCCCUCCCUCCCGCCCCCGCCCCUGCCCUCCUCGCCCCCGCCCGCCUCGGUCAACAGAAGACUCUGGAACGGGAGGCCCAAGCCCAGUGCUGACCACAGGAAGUCCUACGAGUUCGAGGAUCUGCUGCAGUCGUCCUCGGAGAGCGGCGGGGUGGACUGGUACGCGCAGACCAAGCUGGGGCUCACACGCACUUUAUCGGAGGAGAACGUCUACGAGGACAUCCUGGACCCGCCCAUGAAGGAGAACCCCUACGAGGACGUGGAACUGCAUGGACGCUGCCUGGGGAAGAAAUGUGUCCUGAACUUCCCGAGCUCGCCCACCUCCUCCAUCCCUGACACACCCACCAAGCCGUCUUUGGCCAAACCUGCUUUUUUCCGGCAAAAUUCCGAGAGGAGGAAUUUCAGGCUGCUGGACACUCGGAAGCCGAGUCGGGACGGAACGGUGUCCCCCUCCAGGACCAGCCCUCCGUCCACCCCCAGCAGCCCCGACGACACGUUCUUUAACCUUGGGGACCCUCAGAACGGCAGGAAGAAGAGGAAGAUUCCCAAGCUGGUGUCACGCAUCAACGCCAUCUACGAGGCUCGGCGAGGCAAGAAGCGGGUGAAGAGGCUGUCCCAGUCCACGGAGAGCAACUCAGGAAAAGUGACGGAUGAGAACAGUGAGUCGGACAGCGACACGGAGGAGAAGCUGAGAGCUCACAGCCGGCGCCUGGUGAAGGUGAAGUCGCGCCUGAAGCAGGCGCCCCGGCUGCCGGCCCUGGACCGCGAGCUGGCCGAGUUCCGGGAGAGGCGGCUCCUGGAGUACUUCGUGGUGGUGUCACUGCACCGGAAGCAGGCGGGGGCCGCCUACGUGCCCGAGCUCACGCAGCAGUUCCCCCUCAAGUUGGAAAGGUCGUUCAAGUUCCUGAAGGAGGCGGAGGACCAGCUGAAGGCCAUCCCGCAGUUCUGCUUCCCCGACGCCAAGGACUGGGCCCCCGUAGAGCAGUUCGCCAGUGAAACCUUCUCAUUUGUCUUGACUGGCGAGGAUGGGAGCAGGCGGUUCGGGUACUGCCGGAGACUGCUGCCUGGCGGCAAAGGCAGGCGCCUCCCCGAAGUCUACUGCAUCGUCAGCCGCCUGGGCUGCUUCAGCCUCUUCUCCAGGAUCCUGGACGAGGUGGAGAAGCGACGAGGCAUCUCUCCAGCGCUGGUCCAGCCCCUCAUGAGGAGCGUCAUGGAAGCCCCGUUCCCGGCCCUGGGCAAGACCAUCGUGGUCAAGAACUUCCUGCCCGGCUCGGGGAAUGAGGUCAUUGAGCUGUGCCGGCCCCUGGACUCUCGGCUGGAGCAUGUGGACUUCGAGUCCCUCUUCUCCUCCCUCAGCGUCCGCCACCUGCUGUGCGUCUUCGCCUCCCUGCUCCUGGAGCGGAGGGUCAUCUUCAUCGCUGACAAGCUCAGCACGCUGUCCAAGUGCUGCCACGCCAUGGUGGCCGUCAUCUACCCCUUCACCUGGCAGCACACCUACAUCCCGGUGCUGCCCCCCGCCAUGAUCGACAUCGUGUGCUCGCCCACCCCCUUCCUCAUCGGGCUGCUCACCAGCUCGCUGCCGCUGCUCCGGGAGCUGCCCCUGGAGGAGGUCCUGGUGGUGGACCUCGUCAAUGACCGGUUCCUCCGGCAGAUGGACGACGAGGACUCCAUCCUGCCCCGGAAGCUCCAGGUUGCCCUGGAGCACAUCCUGGAACAGAGGAACGACCUGGCCAGUGACCAGGAGGAAGGGGCCCCGGACUGCCGGCACGGCCCCGAGGGCAGCCCCUUGAACGAGGUGGUGUCCGAGGCCUUCGUGCGCUUCUUCGUGGAGGUGGUGGGCCACUACUCGCUCUUCCUGACGCCCGGCGAGCGGGAGGAGCGCAGCCUGCAGCGCGACGCCUUCCGCAAGGCCGUGUCGUCCAAGAGCCUGCGCCGCUUCCUGGAGGUCUUCAUGGAGACCCAGACCUUCCGCGGCUUCAUCCAGGAGCGGGAGCUGCGCCGGCAGGACGCCAAAGGUCUGUUUGAGGUCCGCGCCCAGGAGUACCUGGACACGCUCCCCAGCGGCGAACACAGCGGCGUCAACAGGUUCCUGAAGGGACUGGGAAACAAGAUGAAGUUUCUCCACAAGAAAUAAUCCUCCGCCCAGCACCAGGCAGCCUGUCCCCGCGUUGGGCCCCUCAGAAAUGCGGGGACCGGACAGGGGCCGUCCUGGACCUCAGCACUGGAAACGGGGGCGGGGGAGGGGGCCUGAGGCUCGUCACCCCGCCCUCGUGGAUGGGACUGGGGGCCAGUUUGUUGGAUAUUUUUUCUAUUUUUUAAUCGAAAGGAAAGUCCAUGGGUUUUUUUCCACUGUGCCUGGGCUCAGGGAAAUCACCCGGACCCGGGGCGCCCGCCCAGAGGGGCUGAGAUGGGAGGGAGCCAAUGCGAUGGGGCGCCACUGACCCGGGUGGGAGAGGUGGGGGGACCCCAGUGCCCACGGCCCCAGAGAGCUCCGGCUGCACAGGGCUGCCCCCUGGUGGCCAGGCAGUGCCCUUCACUCCUCGGCCACUGCUCUGAGCCUCAGCAGCGCCCCCGGGCCAGGGGACACGGGAUGAGAUGUCCCCGCGCCAGAGCGCGGCACCGCCCCUUGCGAUGUCGAGCCUUUCGGACCCAUGGGACGCGCCCAGCUGAGCCAGGAACCAGGGCAGCGCCCUGAGCGGGGCAGGGCAGGCUCUGCCUGCUGGUGCCCAUCAGAGGGACCAGCCCCUCUGGGGACAGCCUCUGGGAGCCCUUGUACCCGCGGGUACAAGGCCUGGGCCCCCACUCGGUCUUCAUGCCCUGCAAGAGGACCCUGGACCACAGCGGGCAAGGCCGCCCUGACCUCGGGGAGGCCCGGAGGCCCCGUCCCCAGAACAGGAGGAAAACGAGGACGAGGACCCCUCUCCCCCACUUCCAGUCUGUCUUCAGGGUUCUUAACUGGAGUCGCAGACCCGUCCCCCAGCUGUCAAACCUGGCUCUGUGGCCUUGGCUUGUGGGGGUCUAUCACAGAUGCUCGCACAGGCCCCAGGCCCCCAGGAUGGCAGGAAGUGGACUGCACAGAGCCGGGCUGUGUCCGUGGGGGGGUGGCACCGGGAGAACAGACGAGAAUCUCCGUGAUGGGGGCUCAGGAAUCGGAGCUGACCGGCUCCUUAUUGCAGUUCACUUUAUUCGUAACCAAUAUUCUGCUUAUUUUUAUAUUGCCCAGAGAUGAUCACUUUUAAUAUUUUUGGAGUAUACCCUUCUCUUCUAACUUAUUUCAUGUUAUAUUGUUUACUUAACACCCCCAAGUGAAUAAACAUACAUCUUGACCA